CUAUAAAAGACCCAAGCUGUACUAAACAGUAGUAGUAGACCUCAGUGCACUGCACGAACACUUUAGAUGUUCUAAGGCUUCUUCUUAUACAGAUAGUUUAUAUCUCAUUAAGUAGUAUAGUGCAACUGUACUCAAUUCAGUAUGACUUCGCAAAAAUUAUACAGGUAUCUAUAGUAUAUACCCAUAGUGACUGGCCGAGUGCAGGCCGGUGGCUGUAUAGUUGUAUAUAUUUGUCCUGAUCCUGUAUAUGGCAUUGGUCACGUGACUCAAAAUUACGUCACGGAGAGAACGAAUGUCAUAUAUAUAUAUAUAUAUAUAUAUAUAUAUAUACUAGAGCUAGCAGAAAGAAAUUCGGUGAGCCUAUCUCUUCGGUGCCAAACUUGUUUUUCCAGUUCUUGAGCAAUAGUUUCGAGACUUUCGAGGUAUGCUUCACUAGUAGUGUCAGUCAGAAAGAUGAGUGAAAUCGAAAACUACCAGGAAAACUGCGUUUUCUGCAAAAUUCUCAAGAAAGAAGAGCCUGGCGUGAACAUUUAUGAGGACGAUCAUGUGGCCUGUAUUAAGGAUAUCAAUCCAGCAUCAGACCACCACUACUUGAUUAUUCCUAAAAAUCACAUCGUCAAUGCCAAGGUCUUGAAUAAAGAGCACGAAGAGCUGUAUGAUAAAAUGGUUGCCACUGUCGAUACGAUUGUUGAUAAGCUUGGCUUGGUGAAGAAUUCAACCAGAACUGGCUUUCAUUGGCCUCCUUUUACCACAGUCGGCCAUUUACACUUGCAUGUGAUUUCUCCAGUGGAAAAAAUGGGAUUCAUCAAAAAUAUGAUGUUCAAGCCAAAUUCUCAUUGGUUUGUCAGUACAGACUAUGUGAAGUCCCGUUUCAAGGAAAAUAUUUAAUGUCAAUAUCAACUUAUAUAAUAAACAAGGGAAAUAAUUUGAUGGGAGAGAAGGGCUAGGAAAGAAGGAAACUCAAAUUACUCAGUCGGUUGGUGCAGGGAAAACUCCCUCCUUGAACAUACGCUGCCACUCUCUUCCAGCGGGAUAGACAUAGUCUCGCAGGCUUUCAUCUUUGAAUUUGGUUGAGUAUCCAGGCUUGGAUGGAGGCAUGUAGUGAGCCUUUUGUACAACGGCAGGGUCUUCAAAGUGCUCAUGCUGCUGGUCCACGUACUCUAUCAGGCGCUUCUCAGUGGUCCCAGUCAGGGACACAAAGUCCCACAUUUGCAGGUGUUGAACCAUCUCGCAGAGACCCACCCCGCCGGCAUGAGGGCAGACAGGUACUGCAGCGAGCAAGCCAAAUUAGUUCGUUUUGUUAAGCAGAUUAUCAUUAUAUUGUUUAUGUGAAUAAUAAAGUAAUUUUUUGUCUAUA